UAACGGCCGCUGCAAUACGUCUAAAUACAGCUGUUCUGUUCUGUCUAAUGGCGACUAUCAAAUAUGAAUCUUAAUGAGUUUGGCAAACCCUCAGAAACAUGAGUGGUAUUUGGUGGGAAGGCUGGGGGAUUACAGUCCGACUGGAAACUACUCUCCCUGUCUGUGGGCUUAGUGAAGGCCAGGAUUGCCGGCUUUGGGCGAUGUGAAACAAAGAGCCGUUACAGAUGGUGGUGUGAUGCACUUGGGCUCCUUUGCGGUUCCUCAUCAGUCGCCAGCAAUGCUCAAUCCCCCCGCGUAGCUGCUCGUCUUAUACCUUAAUGUACAAUUCAUCGGACCCAGUCGUUUACUCACGCGAAUUUCUUGCUCGGGUGAAUUCAAUCGACUCCUGCCACAUUUGUUGAACAUGCUGACUCCGCUAGGGGACAGGAUGUUAUCCAUUGGGAUGCCAUCGCUGUUUAAUGUUGCGCGUAUGGAUGUGGACUAAGACUGCUGUGGUAGGGCGUAUGCCGUCAACGGAAGUUCCGACCAAAGCUGUUCUAUAUGUUCGUCUUUGGGGAGACAGCGCUCGUGACAGUUUGGAGAGUGUGGGAUGUUUGAACGUUUGCGGUAAGGCGUGGGGAUUCUGGGCUGAACCAGUCCACCCGUGCGGUGGAGUGUAGAUACUGCGGGGUUUGUGCCGGCGGUGGUGGGAGACUAUCAUGUAGCUGGAAUCUGUUGCCCCAGUCGUAUCUAAUGGAGAGGCAUAUCAUAUCAGAACAAUUCGAUGGCCACAGGGGAUGACUAAAUUGACCACAAGAUCGGCCUGGUGUAUCUGAAAUCCUUUUCCCGGGCGUACCACAUUUGUUGAGUCGAUCCGAAUGUGCUUUGGGGGAAUCUGGUGGUUAUAGAACCGGCCUGCAGUGAUGUACGCCCGCAGGACGUUAUGUGGCUACUCCCGUAAUAUCUUUGCAAUUAUGUCGAUAUGGGCCCGUAGCUGCCAUGGAUACAUUAGCAAUCUGUCAUGUCUGCUUAGAUCACGGUCGCGACGGCGCUUGGAGAAGAACCGUUCGGGCAAAGUCGGAGAUAGUUUCAAGGAAAUCGCUUGACUUUGGAUGCAAUGCAGUCCGACUUUAAAGAUGCAAGCGCCACGAGAUGACCUGGUGGUGUUCACCACAACCGUCAUGCCGACUGUGCCUCCAGCAUGCGACAAGAUGCCCACAGAGACAAACCGCUCCGAUGGGAUCAGCACAAUAAACGUUACGGAUGGAUACCAGAUGGGGCCAGUUGACAAAGGGUCGCCCCUUCCCGCCAUAAUGCUCCACCUUGUCGCCUAUUUGACGGUGUUCAUUGUCUGUAUCCUCGGGAACCUACUGCUAGUUUUCUUAAUCAGGAGGAAGCCACAUCUUAGGACACCGGCCCUCUGUUUUGUAUUUAACCUGGGAUUCGCGGACCUACUUGUUGGCAUAUUCUGCAUACCGUACGACCUCUUCCACCCCUUCUUUUCACAAGAGGAGGGUCUGGGUUUCCUGAUGUGCAGGGUGAGCAACACGCUGCAGGGUGUGGCCAUCAGCGGCUCGGCCUUCACUCUCACGGCGCUCGCCGUCUGCAGGUAUCGUUUGAUGACGUCUACGAAAAGGCAACAAGAAGACGCCAGAAAAGCCUUGCCGUUCCUUGCACUAAUAUGGACUACAUCAGCGGCCAUCAGCCUGCCUCAUUUCAUAUUUGUAACGUCUGCAGACAACAGGAAGUCCUCCAGAAUUCGGAGAUUCUGCGACGAGGAAUGGACAUCGUCACAGUACAGCUUUAUGUACAAGGGGUUCCUAAUGGCGGUCUGCUUGCUCGGACCCGUGUUCGUCAACGUUCUACUCUUCUUCGCAGAGAAAUACCCGAGGUGUCGCGAACCGCUGGAAAGUUACAGCGUCUCACAAGUUACAAAACACAGUCCUAUCGAAGAGCUUAAGGAAGAUUUCCCAACAAUAAGCAGACGGAAAGACCCCCCUCCUCUUACUCAUUCCAAACGCCUCACAACGACGUCUUCCAUUCUCAGUGUCAUAAGAAUGGCAUUUCUACUCACAUGGCUACCACUCUACAUCUGCUGGAUGUUGGAUAUAUAUUUUGACCUGCCCACGAAAUACGCCAAGCGAUUGCAUGACUACAUCUAUCCCAUCUCUCACUGGUUGGCAUUUUCAAACUGCGUGGUGAAUCCCCUGGUGCUGAUAUAUUUCACCAGAAGGCGGGAGAAAGCUGCCCAGAUCCAGCGGAAGGGCCGCAUGUCAAGAAGAAGAUAUUGCGUGGAGGACGGGAAAUUACAAAUAUGUUCGGAGGAUGACAAAUGAUGUGCUGUGAGCGGAGGAUUUAUCAGUUUAGAGCCUCUUCCACAGGAUACCGGCGGAGGUUAAUAAUACUGUUCUGUCAGAGUUCACUGGCCCUGAACCUCAUUCAUAGGCAAAGACAUUUAAUAGUUGGCAGCCGGCCUUGGACAGGACCAUAAAGAACUUCCAUAAGCCAAAGGAGGCACGCGGCGAGGAAGAAACUGAAUAACCUACAUAAAACAUGAUAAAAGGCACCAGACAGAGACGAAGAGCACAAUUAACUGCAGUUGGAACACGCUGGCAGGUGCUGUUAUGAAAUUAGCCUUAAGGAUUUCUUAUAAUAAUACAAAACUACAGGCCGUCUGACGUAAAUUUAUGACCGUCGAAUAUUAUUAUUCUCUCAUCAACAAGUGAAAGAUUUCGAGAAUAUACAUUCUAGAGUAUAUCAUCUCAGACAACAGGGAUCAUUAUUACUGUCAACGUAGAAAAAGCUACAUUGAUGAGAAACAUAUGUGGUGUGCUUAUGCACACUACGAUGACUAUAAUCGGCUAUAUACAUGCAGAUACAGUGAUGCGUGAUGCGCACCUAGUUAUAAACCACCAAAUGCUGAUCGGACAUCUAAUGGGCGAAUUUGAAUCUUUGUAUGUCAUUGAUGGUACGCCUUUGUGUUGAUUGUAUGUGUAAAGUCACAAUAGAUUGGAUGCAUAUUCAAUCAUUAUAUAAAGCUAUCUAAAACUACUAAGCACUGCCUUGCGCUUAUUUCUUGAAUGCUG